AUUGAAAAAAUGAAAAAAAUUGAAACUCGUCUUUAAUUCACGCAAUUGUGUGGAAAGUUUACAUCUUGACCUAUUGGGUCGCGGCCAAUCCCUUCAGAUUUUGCAAGCGAGGGUUGGAUUUCGUGUUUUUUUGUAGAAUUCGUAGAGUUUCAGAAGCUAUGGAGGCUUAUAAGGGAUGGGUGAGACAGAACAAAGAGUUUGUGCACUCCUUGGAGUCUUUGGCCAAUGGAUUGACAUGGCUUCUUCCUGAACGGUUUUCUGAAUCAGAGAUUGGACCUGAAGCAGUAACAACCCUUCUGGGAAUUAUCACAGCUGUGAAUGAACAUAUAAUUGAUACAGCUCCUAAGGAAAAUAUUACAGGCUCAUCAGAGCCUUAUUCAUUUCCUUAUCCAUUAUGCUUAUCUGCAUUAAAGGAUUUGGAAACAUUAGUUGAAGUUGUGGCACAACAUUAUUAUGGUGAUGAUAAGAAAUGGAAUUUCCUUGCCGUUACUGAAGCAACCAAGGUACUAGUUCGGUUAUCUUUGUUUCGGAAAAGUGGAUAUAAGAUGCUGCUACAAGGAGGAGAAACACCUAAUGAUGAGGGGCAUUCAGAUAGAUCUGGUGAUAUGAAAAACAAUCUUGGUGCAAACCCUAUGAAUUUGGAAGGAAGAGCGCUAUCUGCUUUAGUUAGAUUUGGAGAAAAAGCCAAGGUGUCAGAUUCUGCAUGGUUACGCAGGGUUCAACACCAACAAACAACUAUGGAACCUUCAUCUUCAAAGGUAGAUAGACCAACACUUCUCACCUUAUUGUCUGAAAAGGGUCUUCGAGGGGUGCUGUUUUUGAUUGGAGAAGUUCUAUUUAUUAGUAGACCACUUAUUUAUGUUUUAUUUAUUCGAAAAUAUGGUAUUCGAUCAUGGACCCCUUGGUUCCUUUCACUGGCUAUUGAUUGUGUGGGAAACAGUAUUCUUUCACUUGUUACAACAUCAGUGGUUGGUGGGAAGGAGCAAAUGUUUCAUUUGUCUGCCCCUGAAAAGGAUGAGGUUAAACGGCGGAAGCUGCUAUUUGUUCUUUACCUAAUGAGAGAUCCAUUUUUCAGCAAGUAUACUAGGCAAAGACUUGAAAGCACUGAGAAAGUUUUGGAGCCCAUACCUAUCAUAGGAUUUCUCACAGCAAAACUUGUUGAGCUUAUGAUUGGAGCUCAAACACGAUACACUUACAUGUCAGGAUCAUGAUAUAAAAUCCAGAAGAAACGCCUAAUUACCCUCCAAGAUCGUGAGAAGGUUGAUAUCCUUACUCCUCUGCCACACUAUAUCAUGUUCCAGAUUUUUCACACGAUGAAGAGAUGUCAAAUCCACUCUUAUGAUUGAAAAGUAACAAACCAUGCAAGCUUGAACAUUUCUUUUGCGCAACAAUCCCAGACGUAGAAAAUGUUUGGAAGGAUGGUUACACUAUCAAGAACUGAGUAUAAAUUGGAACAUUUCUUUGGGAGAUUUUGUUCUACUCCUAUACACAAUAAAGGUGGGUGAGAUUACCCUUGUGGUUAUGAGCAUCAUCUGGCAAGUUACUCUCUGAUUCUUGAACUCAAAAGUAUAAUUAGUUCAAACUUGUUAAGUUUUAAGCUUAUCUUCCAUCAACAUCCAUUUGUGGACUAUGUUGAAUUAUGCAUUUUUAUCUCAAAAGGUAAAUGAAGAACCAUCUGAGGCAGUGAUGCUGUCGAUGUUGUGUAUUUUUCUAUAUCAGCUUGAGCUUGUAAUACCUGUGCACGAAAAUUACAUAUAUUAUACUUCAGCGUUACUGUAAACUACUCAAUAUCUUUGUAUUGUUGCAGUUGUUUGGUAAGCAAGGAGAUUUUUAAUUA